UAGACGGACGUCAUUCCAACAUGGCAGCCAGCAGCACUGCAGUGACAGUUCUAGCUCCAAGUGGAAGGAGGCAGACGGUGAAGGUGUCGCCCAGCACACCGAUACAGCAGAUUUUGGAAGAAGUGUGCAAGAAAGAAAACUUCAGUCCAGAUGAAUAUGACCUUAAGUUCCAGAGAACAGUGCUGAAUUUAUCACUGCAGUGGAGGUUUGCCAAUCUGCCCAAUAAUGCCAAGUUGGAGAUGGUGCCAAGUACCCGCCAAAGAGCCUUAGUGGAGAGCACAGUCCGGAUUGCUUUGCAGUUAGAGGACGGGUCAAGACUCCAGGAUUCUUUUUCCUGUGGACAAACGCUUUGGGAACUGAUCAACCAUUUCCCACAAACUAGGGUUCCUGGGCCACAGCUGUCAGAAUCCACUCCUCUCUGUGUUUAUAUGAGAGACGAGAUAGCUGGCGAAGAAGCACUAAAGAAAAUGACCCUGAAAUCCCUUGGGUUAACUGGUGGCAGUGCCAUUGUCAGAUAUAUCGUGAAGAAAUCCAAAGUGCUUGAGCAGACGGAGACGAUGCAAGUGGGGGAAGCGAAGCCAAAGGAAGAAGUUGAACCGUCUGCAGGAGUGGAAGCUGCUCCGUGUAAGAAAGAUGUAGAAAUACCUGUGGAGAAGCCAGCUUCAAGUGCCAUUUCUACAGAGGUGCAAAAUAACACUGCAGAGGCCGUCAGCCACAAAAAAGAAUCAGUCCUGAAUCUAGAUAUUAAAGAGGAAGCGGUAAGGUUAAUGCCAACAAAAGAUGAGGCGAUCAAAAAGCAAGAAACAAAGCCAGAGCCAUCUUCAGAAUGCCCAGGACCUUCUUCUGAACGACCCAAGAACAUUAAGCAAGAGCCCUCAGCAGCCCCAGAUCCAGCACCGAGUACUUUUGUGCCAUUUUCUGGAGGGGGGCAGCGACUCGGAGGACCAGGGGCUAAGGGACAGGAAGCAGCAGGCAAACUUUCUUCUUCCAGCUCACUGGCAUCCCUUUCCAGCCCUGGAGGUCCGCCAAAGGCAAAAAAGUUCAAAACCUGUUCCGAGUCAGGUGCCAAGAAGUCGCUGGGUUCCAGAAAUGAAGAACCGACUACUGAAGACGGGGAAGGUUUUUUAGAGCCCAUCGAUCGAGAGGCCCUGGUGUAUCACAUGGAUGCGGAGCACCGUCAGCGAGGGGAGGUCUUUGCUGAGGACCUGCCUGAUGAGUUCUUCCAGGUGACCGUUGAUGACAUCAGGAAGCGCUUUGCACAGCUCAAGAGUGAGAGGGAGGUUCUUGAAGAAGCUCCGCUGUUGACCAAGUCCUUGAGGGAGUCUCGGAUGAAAGAAAAGAUGCAACGAUACCCCAAGGUUGUGGUGAGAGUACAGUUCCCUGACAGACAUGUUUUGCAAGGAUUCUUUCGACCUUUGGAAACAGUGGGUGCUGUGAGAGAGUUUGUGAGGAAACAUCUUGAGGAUCCAGACCUCCGAUUCUACUUGUUUAUUUCCCCUCCAAAAGUGAUUUUGAAUGACCUCACAGACACCCUUUUCCAGGCUAACCUAUUUCCAGCAGCUCUGGUUUACUUCGGUUCUGAUUUCAAGACAGAUUGCUAUUUACAGAAGCAGAUCUUGAACUCCACUGUCUCUUCCUCACAAGCAGAUGGUGCCAUUGCAGGCUGCAUGCCCAGGUCUCCGACCCCAUCAUCCAGUUCAGUGGCUUCGGAAGCGACUUUUCCGCCCCCUGCAGAGAAGGACACGAGGUCCAAUCACCAGAGCACAGCAGCAGACGAGCCUCAACCCCACUCAAACAGCCAAGCGCCAAAACCAGUUAACACUGAUCCAGGCAAAAUCCCAAAGUGGCUCAAACUGCCAGGAAAAAGAUGAAAAUCAAGUAAGAUGAUUGUAGAAUUGCAGAAGCCGAAGUCAGAUGUGCGACGCUAGGGAAAUGAAGCACUUUUAGACUACAUUAUGAAUGACAAAUGUUCACACUUCAAUGAAAGACAUUUGUACAAGCCUGCAUUGACUAACAGUUGUGCAAUAAAAUGUAUAGUAAAUUGCAAGAGAUGAACGCUGGUCAUUUUUUAAACAAGUGUAACGUAUAUUGUUGGUAAGUAAGCAUGCAAGUGAUUUACUGUUUAAAUGUUUCAUCUGUGUAUGAUGUACACGCUGCUUGUCUACUAGCUUAGCAGUGGGAUGUCUAUGAAGAGGUAUACCCUACCAAUAAAAACAACCUCAUUUUAUACCAAUAAUAUUUACAAAGGGACUAUUGACUUAUACAUGAUAAGUGAUAACUUUUAUGAUGAAUUUACUUUGGAUCCGUUUUGGUAUUCUUAAUUAUAACCUAUUUAUUGCCUUGCCUUUUGCUCUGUAAAAUCAGAGAAAAAAAAAAGGUGAAAGGGAUGAAUAACCUGUCCCCUUUUAAACCUCUCCCUGCUGUUAAUCAGUAGUUCUAUAUACAGCAGGACCUUGGCAUUGGUGGUCACAUGCUAAAGCCUGGCAUCCCAGAGCUGAGAUCAGUACUGUCAGCCUUUAAUGCUGGAUCAAGAUACUCGUACCAUUAGGGAUACUUACUCAUUUUACCCAAACUGCUUUCAUAUGUUUAAUAAGAUCAGCUGUAAUUUGUUCCACUAAAAUACACAAGGAGUGAAUUAUCUCAUGAGAUUAAACAAAAUGUCAUUCUCUCUUAACCACUGCAAACCUAAGGAUACAGCAAGUUUAAGCAUUUUUAUUUAUAUUGAAAUGUUUUUAAACUGGCCACUUCUUCAGCUAAUUGUGAUUAAGGUAGCCUAUUGCAGAUUAAACAUAUACAUGGUAAUAUUACUUUGAGGAAACCAUUUAAAAUAAAAAUAGCAAUAAUACAAAUUAGAAUAAAAAAAAAAGUAGAAUACUACGACUACUACUAAUAAUAAUAAUAAUAAUAAUAAUAAUAAUAAUAAUAGAAUCAUAGCAAUAAUAAUAAUAAUAAUAAUAAUAAUAAUAAUAAUAAUAAUAAUAAUAAUAAUAAUAAUUCCAACCUUCACUCCAUAAAAAUGAGAAACAAAUCUGGAAAUUAACACAACAGGCUUUUCAUUAAAAAAAAACAACAUUUUUUUGGAACUACAGCAACUUUGUUUUUUUUUUAUUCUUACAUUUUGAAAAUACAGGAAGGUAACUUUUCAAGUCAAGGAAUUCUAGGCUUCCAGCAGUAUGUUUAAUAGAAGAGAUGCUUAUUAUUAUAAACUGUAAAUUAGUCCUAUUGAUAGGUGGGCGGAACCCUCAACUUUAAUGUGCACCGAAGCACUUACCAGACUAUGAGAUUAAAAUAAAAAAACUGUACCAGAUGUACUGUAUCUUUCAAUAAUGGAUCAGCGGUGAAUAUACUGCAGUAACUUUAUUCAGGUGUGUGGAGUGUUGCAAAAGAACCCAUGCCUUGAUCCUUUUUUUUCUUCUUUUGGCAACAGAACCUAUUGGAAAUUCCACUACUUAAAAAGAACACUAAACAAGGUGAAAUAAAGUUUACCUUUCUUCAUUCCAGCAGUCUAUCAAUAUAAGUGUUCUGAAUGGGCACCGCUCGCUGUGCUCAACACAUUUUUGAAAUGCUUGUGAUGUAAGGCUGGAUGUUAGCAGCUGCUGAUGGAAGUGAAAUGCAUGCCCCGGACUAAAAACAAAAAACAUGUCCUAGCACAGCACUCUCGCUAACCCAAACCCUGCUAGUUUGAACUGAUCUCCAAUCUGAGCCACGCUUUCAGAAUGAAAUCAGUGCUAACCGCAGCAGCAGAAUUCUAACAGCAAUACCAUAAUUCAGUAUCAGCUGUCUCUGUUUGUAUUCAAAAGGUCAUAGUUGAUUAUUGGAGAAAUUAAGUUUCUUUUCAGACAGGUGUGUUUUUUUAAUACGGCGCAAUUUACAAAUCACUGAGGUUUGAAUUAGGAUAUAUUCUAACAAAAUUGGGAGAAAAAUAAUUCUGCUACUUUUGCCACUCCUUGCCUUCAUUUUUUUUAAGUAUUUCACUGACGUAUCCUACAUAUUAUUAUUAUUAUUAUUAUUAUUAUUUAUUUCUUAGCAGACGCCCUUAUCCAGGGCGACUUACAAUCGUCACAUUAUACAUUAUUUCACAUUAUACAGAUAUCACAUUAUUUUUACAUACAAUUACCCAUUUAUACAGUUGGGUUUUUACUGGAGCAAUCUAGGUAAAGUACCUUGCUCAAGGGUACAACAGCAGUGUCCCCCACUGGGGAUUGAACCCACAACCCUCCGGUCAGGAGUCCAGAGCCCUAACCACUACUCCACACUGCUGCCGCCUUCAAACUACAUCAAUUAGCUAAGUAUAUAAAACAAGGAUGCAUCAUACGUGGCACAUGCCUAUGCAAGCAUCUUUAAGUAUUAGACAGAAUCUGUAUCUUAUUAAUGGCAUACCUGCCAGACUUGGUAAACGAGUGUCUGGAAAACGAUACAUUUAAUAAAAUGUAUAAAUGGUGUGUGUUGUCUUGCCAGCUCAUCUGGGUCAUUCAUGUACAUUUAGAAAUAAAAUGCCUUAUCGCAAAGGUUUGCUCACAUGGAGCCAAACUUAAUAUGAAAAAUUCUCAGCUUCAGUACCUGCUGUUUAAUAUUCAGCAGCCAUGGCUUAAUACCCAAUGAUCUGUCUUAAUGAACCUAACAGCGUCAAAUCUAAAUACUGUCACCCUUUAACUAUGUCAGUCCCCCCAGGUGGGUCUAUGUUAAUGGUCUAAAGUGACAGAUCUUAUUUAUACCAUUAUUUUACUUACACCAUGUGUCCUGUAGUGGACUGGCUGCCAAGCCAGGUUGCCGUCUGAUGCAUCUAAGCCUGGCAAUAAGGUCAGGGUGUCCACACUAUCUGGCUACAAUUGGCACCUAUGUACACUGUGAGUGGCGCGAGAGGUCCACUCUCCAAGGUGUUUACAGAUAAAAUGUUGCUCUCUCUUAACUUGUCUGUCAGAAAUAUAAAUGGUUCCAAUAAGUGAAACAACCCGUACUGAACAUGGCAAAAUGACAUCUUCCCCAGGUAAUUUAAUAAAAGAAAGAAAUUCAUUGAUGAAAAUCCUUCACCGUAAUGUUAUGAAAAAUCAUAUUACAAAUAAUUCUUUUUCAGCGUUCAAUGACGUUGUCUCGUACUGUCAUUUUGAUUAGUGACAUCCGGUAUAGAUUCCCUGUAACGUUUGCAAUAGCAGCAUAUUAAAAGGAAAUACUACAUAAAUUACUUGUUGUGCUGGUGGAACGUCAGUAAUUUUGAUUCAAAAUAACUUGUUUUUCCAAUUCUAUAAAUUAAAUGUCAAUUUUUGUACACAGUAAUUAAAAAAGGUGUUUUCUGACA